ACUCACACGAGUCGCGCACACACGCGCUCGUCCGAUCAGAUCAAUAUUUUCUGCAAACAUCCCAGCUGUGGUCCUGCUGGCGGCGCGCCGUGUGUUGCUGCUGUUGGCUGGUCGUCGUCGUCUUCGUCGCCGCGUCGCGGUCGUCAUCGUCGUCGUCGCGUCGUUCUGGGGACGAAAAUCGAAAACGACGGGGAAGAGACGCACGAGAGUAAAAACUGAUAUUCCUUCCCUACCUACCCUACCGCCAUACAGACGGGACUGUACAAAAAUAAAUACAAAUAAACAAAAAAAAAAUACGCUACGAUAAAAUUUCCAAAUAUAACGUCAUUCUGCCGUGGUCGGCGGUUUUUUCUCGCGGACCGACCGGAGAAAAUUCGAGCGAUAUUUUCUUUAUAUCGCCGUAGGUAGCGGAAGAAAGUCGAGAGAAUUAUAUUACCGAAACCGACCCUCUUGUUGUUGCCACCUCCUAUACUCGACGACCACCUCCACCUAUUCGUUCACAUCGCCACAAUCGCCGGGAAAAAUUAUAACAAUACGAAUAGAGACGAGGUACCUACGCGACCUCUCCCGUCCGCGCAUCACCGUCGUAUCAUCAUCGCACGCACCCCAACCCCCCCAGCCACAAGCAUCACGUAUUUGUAUCACCCUCCGAGUGUGCGUGUGCGUGUGUCUGUCACAUCGCGCGCGCAGAAACUAGAAAGACUCCGCCGCCGCAGGUACAUAAUGUGAUAUACAUGUAACGCGCCGUAAUUUACACAAUAGUGGAGACAAGUGGUGUGUGUGCGCCGCCGCCGUUGCCGCCGUCGUUGUCGCCACAGCCGCCGUCGCGUUUUGUCGUUUUAUAAUAAUUUUUCUCUUCUCUCGCGCUAUCCGCCUCUGUUAAAAUCGUAAUCAUUAUUGUUGUUACAAUAUCGCCACCACCGUUAUUAUAAUAUAUUACUACUAUUAUUAUUAUUAUUAUUAUUACAUUGUUAAUUUUUUUUACUAUUACUGCUAUAAUUACUGUUUGUACCUAUUAUUUUUAUUAUUACUAUUAUUAUUAUUUAAAAUUCUCAUUUUUACACAUCGUAAACCAUGAUCUCCGUAUUAUUAUUAACGCCCUGUGUUCGCAUCGUCCUCACCGUUUUAGCAGUAUGUAUAAGUAUCGCGGUUCAACUGCCACUGUCCUUAGGUCAGACGCCUUCGGUUUCGUAUCACCACGAUUCUGUUUAUAUCCAACCUCAAAAUGCUCCAUAUGGAUCUUAUGUUGUUGAAGACCUUUCUCAGCAUUCAAAUAAAGAACAAGUAUCCCAUGAUCGAUCAAAUCCUCCUCAAAAUUCAGCUAAAGAUCCUGAUAUGAUACUCAUAAACAUCAAUACAGGUCCUCAUCCACCUGGAAUUGAUGAACUUCAACCUGAUACAGCUAUUGGCCCAGAUGAAAUGUAUUACUUUGCUCCUAAAAAUCCACAGAAUAAUAAAAGUUCAAUUGUGGGUCAGCGUUUAGAUGUAACAAUUUUUGAGGAUUUCCUUAACACUGCACCGGAAAAACAUAGAAAUCGUUUAGACUUUUACAAAGUUCCUUAUUUAAAUAAUCUCGUAUUACCUCUGAGAGCAACAUUUUCAGCAGCGAUCUCAAUAUUUAAUCCAUACUCGGAAAUUUUACAAGUUGUAAAAGUAUUCGGUGGUGGACCCGGGUUUCAUUUAAGUCUACCAUCUGGCCAAAUGGAAGAUCAAAGAAAUGUUUGGGAUAUUAUGCCAUACCAAACAAAACCUUUAAUUAGAUUUACAUUUGCAGAACGGUCUAAGAAAAAUCACUCCACAAAAAUUGGGUUGUUUUUGAGUAAUCAUGAAUACAUAAAUGUACCUAUAAAUAUUGUGAUGGUAUCGAAACCAGGUCUUUAUAGUUCAGAACAUAUUAUCGAUUUCGGAGUUGCCAGUAGAAAUGGUUUAGUUACAUCAAAAGCACUAAACUUGUGUAAUUCAGCAAAGUCUAGUAUUAUUGUUCAGAAUGUUACAUCUGAUUCUCACUUUGUGACUGUGGAUUUUCCUCAUGAAGUAGAAGUACCUCCACAGUCAUGUACAGCAGGCCAAGUUGCUCAUAUUAGUUAUCACUGGGAUUAUGUUGGUUAUUCAUAUGGCGAAACACAUUAUGGACAGUUAACAGUAAAGAGUAACAAAGGCAACGAGUUGAAUAUACCGUAUCAUGGAAGAACAUUGGAAGGUGAUUUGGUGUAUGAAGAACAAUCAUUGCAUUUUGUGAUGUCGAAAGCAAUUCGUUCAACAAGUAUCAUCAAAACUUUUUCAUUGCUGAAUAAUUUUUCAUCCACCCCGGUUGCUAUUUCUCAAAUAGGAAUACCAAAAAAUGCCACACAGUAUUUUAAGAUAAGAGAUUUUAACCCUGUAGUUUUAAAACCUGGCCAGAAUAAAACAUUAUUUCGCGUUGGAUAUGUAAACCCAAACAAUUCUAAAAUGGAUAUUAUAUCAUACUUGGAAUUUAAAACCAAUGCUUCAGAUUUUACAAUUCCAUUAAUGGUGUAUGACGGACAACUCUCACAGGUUUUACCAGCUACUAACAUCAUCACAUUACCACCAAUAAGAAUUAGUUCACCUCGUCAUACUUAUAUUGUGGUUGCUAAUGAAAAUCCAGUUGCCAUAAUGGUUAAAGAUUGGGGUACAACUUACACUCCACAUGUAUCAUUAAAUUUGGUUGAAAUAGGAAAAUUUAACUCUUCAAUGCGUCGUAAUAGUGCAGACAGUUGGUCUCGACCAAUGAUACGUGAUGAUCAAAUACCAGCUCCUGUGGCUUUACCAGUUAAACAUUAUGCUAUAUUUCAAUUGUUGGUAUCUACACCAAAUCCUGAUCAAAAUUUAACCGUUAAAAUAUGGAUUCAAACUCAACAUCAGCAUUAUAGUAUACCAUUGAAAGUAUCUGUGUUUGAUAAGAAUUUACAAGUAAUAGCUGAACCUUUAGCAUUUGAAAACUGUCAUCCAGGUGCUGUAUGUACUGCUGAAGUAAAUGUUAUGUCUUGGCUGGACAGAACAUUAGCACUAACCUCAGUGACAAGUGAAUUUGUUAGUGAAAAUGUUCGAUUUGUUCCCACAAGACCAUCUCUUAUUCAACCUCAAAUGGUAUCUUUAGUUGGACAUAUAGAAUGGAUUCCUGCCCACCAUAAAAAUUCUUCGGGUUGGAUAGGUUUAUUCAGUAAAGCGGAAAGAGCAAUGUGGUUGUCAAGCUUUCAUUUAACAAAUUCUUCGGAAACAAGUUAUAUGGAUUUUUCAUGGUUUUAUCGCCGAAUGGGAAAAUAUUAUGCUGAAGAAGACAAUCGCACUCUAAGGCAUCAGUUUACUUUAGAGACUGGUGGUGCUGAAACUUGUCAGUUUAGUGUGCAUCUUCAUUUAAAAUGGCCAAAGUUCAUACAAGAACCUGGUGAAAAUCGACAGCAAACUACAUUCGAAUUGCCCACCAUGGAGGUGAAAGGAAAACCGUACUAUCAAAAAAUUUUGGUGAAAAAUACAUUUCAUACACAAAAUAUAACAUUGCAUUUGGCUAUGUAUCCCCAUCCAUACUGGUGUAAUAUCACAGAAUUCAUAGAUUUAUUUGAACACGAGGUUAAUUCUUUGUUAAUAUCAAGAGAUGAUUGGGAAUUAGUGUUGAAUAAUUCUAGUCCUUAUCGAAGGAAAGUGUUAAAUGUCAAGAACUCUGUUUAUGUUCCACAUAAGAAAACUAUGAUAUUCGUUCUGCCGCCACAAAAGGAACUUGAAGUGUUAGUAAGGUUUCAGCCAAAAAAACCUGGUGUCAGUACAUCUAUACUCUUCAUCAGAAACGAUGUAUCUAUUCUAGAAAGUAUAUUACUAAAAGGAAUGGGAGCCUAUCCUGUAUUAUCAUUUGGUUCUAAGAGAAAACUACCUCCAUUAAUUUUUGAUUUGGAAUCUAGUCCUAUGAUUGAUCUCAUGUGUAGUAAAAAUAAAACUUUAUUGCCAUCAGAGACCAGAAUAUUUUUAAUAAAGAAUCCUGGCAAACAUACAGUUAGGAUUACAUCUAUGACUAUAAACAGUGUACUUUGCAGUGGCUAUGGCUUUAGAAUUUUAGACUGUAGAAAAUUUUCUCUUUUACCUAAUCAAUCCAGAGAAGUUUCUGUAGAAUUCACUGCUGAUUUCACUCUAAGAUCGGUUAUUCGCCAGUUGGAAAUAAAUACUGAAGAAACAAUUGGAUCAGAAACUACUAAUCGUAUUUUCAUCUACCAGUUGUGGGGUAUUGUACCUCCAGAGUGGGAAUUAUGCCAAGAAAAAUAUACGUGGCAAGAGUUCCGUCGAGGUGAUAGCUGGAUUCGACCAGAAUGGGAAUCCUCAAUAGGUCAAAUUAUGCUCCUGGCUGCUGGAAUUCUCAUGGUAGUUGCUUGGAUUGUAUCAAUUGCUGCUGUACAUACCAUUGAUAAGGAUUUUUUAUCAAAAAACCUUGGUCCUCCAUGUGUUGGAGCUCAUGGAAAACGAUCGUUUCAGUCUGUUCUAGCACAAUCAGGAAAUGCUAAAAAAAGUGAAUUCAAGAAUUCCAAGCACAAAGAAGGCAAUGAUGAAAAACGUAAUGAGGUAAUACCUGAUCCUACAUCUUUGGGUAUAUCACAAAGUGAGAACAGUUAUGUCAAGCCUUCAGACUCUACACCCAUUUGGAGUUUUAUGUUGCGAAAUACAGAACCAGAACCAGAACAAAAAUUAGAAAAAGAUCGAAGUAGAUCUCAUUUACUUGAUAAUCACCCUAAAGAAAAAACAAAGAGACGUUAUUUAAGUCAAACAGUGAUACCAGAAACUGAUUCUAGUCAAAAGUACAAUGUGUCUUCAUGGCAAAUCGCAAGAAAUAGAUCUCCUGGGCUUGUAAUAGAUUCUCAAUUGAACAAAAAUUCUAAAUCCGAAGAGGGAAAGUUUGAAAUGGAAAACCGUAGACGUGCUGAAAAAUUAUUAAAAAAACAGUAUGGUUUAAAACCAGUUGACAGUUGGAGAAAGCACAAGAAAGCACUUAAUGCAGCCAAGUAUUAUGAAGAACUUCCAGUGACAGAGAAAAUUAGUCCAAGUCCUGAACCAAAAGUCCUAGUAGAACCCAAACCAGAUCCUAAAAUCAUAAAAACUGUGAAAAGCAAUAAAAAAGUUUCUACUAUCAGUCUUCCAGUAAUAAAGCCGAUUAAUAGCCUGGAAUCUCCAAUAACAGUGUUGAAUUCUCCAUCACUCGAAGUGGUUAAGAAGCCUAUUGCUUCUGUUGCACCAUACCAAAUUGUUCUUCCAAAACAGCCAAUCGUUACAAUCGUACAGCCUGAACGUGUAAUCGAAAAGUGUAAUGUUUCUAAAUCAAAACCAAUACAAGCUAUACAAAAUAAAAUUGAAAAAGAACCAGCAACAAUACGGUCAGCAAUAUCAAAGAAAUCAAUUAUUGACGAUGAUGGGCUAUUGGCAGAAUAUAAGUGUAUGAAGAAGAAAAAUAAGACCGAGAGAAAAGCUUCGUUACCUCAUUCUACACCACCAGUAGCAUCUCCAGUUUCACCAUCUAUAGCACCACCUAUAGUUGUAAAACCAAAGGUUCAAAAUGCUGAAAAAUUAAAUAUGUCAGAUAUGGUAAAACCAAAAGUUCAAACGGUUGAAAGAUUUAUUUCAUCUGAAGUUACAAAAUCAAAAGUUCAAACUAUAGAAAGAUUCAAUGGGUCAGAAGUAGUAAAAUCAAAUGUUCAAAAUAUGGAAAGAUUUAAUUUGCCAGAAGUAAUAAAACCAAAGGUACAAUCUUCAGAAAAGUUAAGUUCACCAGAAGUAACAAAACCAAAAGUUAAAACUGUAGAAACUUGCAAUUCAUCAGAAGUAAUAAAAUCAAAGGGUCAAAUUGUUGAACAUUCUAAUUCAUCUGAAGUGAUAAAACCAAAAGUUCAAUCUGUAGAGAGGUGCAUUUCACCAGAAGCGACAAAGAUAAAGGUACAAACUGUGGAAAGGUUCAAUUCUCCAGAAGCAAUAAAACCAAAAGUGCAAACCGUGGAAAAAUUCACCUCUCCAGAAUUAAUCAAAUCAAAAAUUCAAACAGCGGAAAGAUGUAACUCUCCAGAUGUGUUGAAACAUAAUGCCAACGAAAUUGUUAUCCCAGCUAUCGCAGAAAAAGAAAAUAAAGAAUUUGUAUCACUUUAUAAGCCCCAGACAGAUCAACAGUUAGACAUCAAGAAGAAAAUUACUGUAUUAAAAAGAGGCUCUGAUGAAAAACGUGUUGAUCUUUCACCAACGAUAACUAAUAAACAUGUUUGUAUUUUAGGACCCGUGGGUUCAGGAAGAGAUCGCAAAAAUGAUGAAAAAGUAACUAAGCCUGAUUCUGAUUUAGUUUUACUUGAAACUCUAAAAAAAGAGUCAGAAUCAAAUCUUUCAAUAAUUGAUACUAUGGCAGCUACAAGUACAUCAAGCUAUGACAGUUCUACUGAAAUAAUACCAUUUUCAAGCAAUGACCCUGGAUACAAUUUAUGGACAUCAUACAUUUGGGGGCCAGUCUAUGGGCAAUCUACAAAUAAUUCUAGUCUACAGAAAUAAACUCAUACGUAUACUAAAGGCCACUGCCGUGUAGUUAUGCAAGUCCUUUUUGAAGCCCUUAAAAUGUAGACUUUCUUUUGGACAAUUGUAAGUUUCUUUUGUUUAUAGGCAAUAAUGGACUUGUUUUUGAUAGACAUAUGUUUUUGUGGACAUUUUUGAUCUUUCGAAUCUAACUAAUGAGCACGAUUUUUUAGAUUUCUCGAUGUUUUGUUUCUACUUUGUUGUUGAUUUUCUCCCUUCUUUUAAUAUCUGUCUUAAUUCAGUAAAAUAAAGACACAAGACAUUUUGAAAAUAUAAAAUAAUAGUUUAUUCUUUUUUAUCCAUUAUUUAAUGUACAGAAAACCGUAUAAAUUUUUAUGCAGUAAAAAAAAUAAAAUUAUAAUCAACAAUAAAUAUUAAAUAUAGAUGAGUCAAUAUAAUACUCACUUUUAUUAAUAUAAAAGUAAGUGAAAAUAAAAUAAGCUUAACUUUUUAUUAAGUCAAUAUUAAUUUGACACAUUAUUUUCUGACAAACUAAAAAAAUCUUAACAGUCUUUAAAAUGUAAAAAAAUAAAAUAUGGAUCAAGUGUAGUUACCAUACCGUUUCUUUUGGUUUUGAAUUUAUGUAAUUCAAAUUAAAAAUUAUGGCUCAAUCAGAAUUUCUUUUAAGGACUGAGAAUUCAUAGUUAGUUGCCAAAUUUAAUCAUAGUGAUCUUGUCUGUAAACAGACUGAUAAUAUAAAUUAUGUUAUUAUUUAGUAACUCCUUAACAUUGUUGGUACAAGCUUGAAGUCCGUUAGAUAAUCCACAUAACUUAAUCAAAGAGUAACUGUAAAUAUAAUUGAGCAAUAUUGUGGUACAUCAUAAACAUGAGUAUUUGGUUAAAUUAUAUUCUAUUCGCUAAAGAACCUAGGUGCCAACUUCUUUUAGUUAAGCAGCAGUUAGACAAUACUCAUCUGUCCCUCACUAAAUCAAUCAUCUGUACAACUAUUGUAACCUUCCAAACAUGAAUAGAGUAAUAAAUCAAAAAUUUUAAAUAUUUAUAGUUAAUAAAUUAUAUUUAAGUUCUUUUUGAUAAUUAAUUCUAAUUGUUACAAGAUUAAACAAAUCUAUCAUUUUUAUUAAAACUCAUUGAUCUGUCUUAUUAAACAAACUUUUUUUAGAAUCCGCUUUUAAUUCUAGUGUAUUUCUCUUUCAUAUCCCUUUUUGGCCCGUAAAUUAUUUGUAGAACAAUCAUAUUUUACGAAUAAUGAGAAUAGCAAAAGAGGACCCAUCGCUUUCUAUUGAGGGACUAAACUAGUCUAUUUUUGAAAUGAUAAUCAAUAUAUUAAUGUUUUUAAUAAUUUAUGCUGCUAUGUUCAUUGUUCUUUAACUUAUGAUAAGUAUCUAAAUUUGUAUUGGGCCCAUACUAUUUUAUAAUAAAAAUAAAUAAAACUUAGGUAAUAAUAAUAAUUGAAACCCCUUGGUGAAUGGUAAACUACACUUCUGAUAAAAUAAUUAGUACAAUUUAUAUAAAUAUAGUUUUAAAAUUAAUCUUUUUCCACAUAUUCUUCUUUCAUGUCUCUUCCUUUAGUUUCUAUUGGUAAUAAUAAACUCGCUAAAGCGGCCAGUAAAGCUGCUGUAAUGUAAAUGAUUAUGGAAAUAUUAAAUGAUGAUUUGAGCAAUACCUAAAAUAUUAAUAAAAAAAUUAAUAAUUAUAUUAUAUUCAAUGACAUACUUGAACAUCUAGGUAAAUAUAUUAUAUUCUGGUUGUCAGACAUACCUGAGCAACGUAUGGUGUAACCAUAGCACCUAGACGGGCCAUAGCACUACAAGUUCCAACCCCUAUGGAUCUUAAUGGCGUUGGAUAAACCUAUAACAAAAAUUAUGUAAAAAUAAAUAAUUAAAAACUAAAUAACUUAAAAAUAUUAUCAUAUAGUAAUUGCUGAAAAUCACCUCUGGAGUAUAUACAUAAAUGGCCUGGAACACUCCUGCAAUUAUACCUCUUGCCAAAAACAAUGUGAAUGUCAACAAUACACGACUAAAAAAAAAGUGAAUUGAAGUAAAACAAAUAAUUAUUUUAUGUUAAAAGUUUUUAAUUAAGUUAUUACUUUUUUGCAUAUUGAAAUAAUAAAAAUAAAGUAAUAGCAAAUAAUGUAAAUUGAAAAACCAAUGUAAUCUUUCGACCAAAUCUAUCAAUCACAUAAAUGGUGGCGAAUAUUCCUGUAACAAUGUGUAUUUUUUUCUUAUGUUAAAUGAAAGUUAAUAUGUGAACUAGACUACUGUUAUUACCAGGAAAUUCUGCAAGUGUUGUCCACAGGAGAUCUAUGUAGUCUCGAGUUGUCAAAUAAUGAGAUUCAGCAGUACAAGAUUGCACAGUCUUAAAAAUUCCACUAUCUACAUUUGAUGAACAUGUCCUAUUAUUAUUACUGCUCUCAAACAGUCCUGUAGACAUCAACACAAUGCCAUAGUAACAAAAUGCACACACCAACC